UCCCUUUUAUGUUCUCUCUUGAAUUCAAAUCUGCAGCUUCAACUAAGAAAUUGAGCUUCAACACAUUCAAAGCAAAGUGAUGGAACUCGAAAUAGUGAGUAAAGAAACCAUCAAGCCCUUAUCUUCAACCCCACCGGACCUCACAACUCUCACCCUUUCCUGGUUUGAUCAACAUACCCCUAACGUUUAUACACCCCUUCUUUAUUUCUACACCAACAACAACGCCGUUGUCAGCUCCUCCGGCUGCCGCGGCCGGCUGCUGAAGGACAGCCUCUCAAAGGCCUUGACUUUCUACUACCCUUUUGCCGGCCGCCUUCGAGACGGCGGAAACUUCAUCGACUGCAACGACAUGGGGGCCACGUUCGUAGAGGCAAAGCUCCGGUGUCCAAUGUCAGAAGUUAUGAACACCUUCGAUUUGAAUCAUGACGAGAUUUUGAAAUUGCUCUGCUUUGAGGACAUAAAGGGAAAGGUCCAAACAUUCGAUCCUCUGUUGUCCGUUCAGUUGACCCAAUUUGAAUGCGGAGGUGAAGUAAUGUAUGUGUCUUUGGCUCAUAAAGUUGCGGAUUUGGCGACAUUUGCCAACUUCAUGAACGAUUGGGCUUCUAUCGCUCGCAGCUCCGGCGGCAUCGAUCCCCCGGUGGUGUGUCCUCUGUUUCAUGCAGCGAGUUUGUUCAGGCCGGAAUUGGACGGCGGGGUAGACCCAUCUGAGGGGGAAGGUUCAGGAAGUAAGAAACGGGAAGAAAAUGUUCGUUCCAGAAGAAUGGUAUUUGAGGGUUCAAAGAUUAGAGCUCUUAAAGCUAUGGUUUCUAAGAAAGUAGAGAAUCCAACCCGCGUUCAGGUUCUCACAGCUUUUAUCUACAAAGCUAUUGUUUCUGCAAAAAAUGCACUCUCAGGGGGUCUUUCAAGAGAACCGACAAGUAUACUGCAGUUCAUCAACUUACGGAGCAGAGUGGAGCCGCCAUUGCCGGGGACAUUGACAGGCAACAUAGUAUCAUUCUUCAGAGCAUCAUCAACGUCGGCUGAGCAGCAGAGGGAGAUGGAGCUAUGGAGCGUUGUGGGUGACAUGAAGAGAAACUUCGAAGAGUUUUGCAGGAAGUUGCCGAGAAACUACAGAGAUGAAGAAGGGAGUCCGGCUCUAAAAUCAUGGAUCAAAGAAUCAUUUGAGACAUGGAUGAUGGAUAAUGAUGGUAGGAAGUAUGGAUGUAGCAGCUGGUGCAGAUUUCCACUUUACGAGGCGGAUUUUGGAUGGGGGACGCCAAUAGUAAACUUUUGUAGUGUGAUAGCAUUGGCUGUCUGGGCGGGACAGAUAAGUCAACAGCAUCUUAUGAUCAAUUUACGGCAGAGAGUGGAGCCGCCAUUGCCGAGAUUAAUAGGCAACAUAAUCUCACACUGCAUAGCAUUGGAGACCACGGGGGAGCAGAGGGAGAAGGAGGUAUGGGACAUAGUGGGAGACAUAAAGAUAAACUUAAAGGUGUACUGUGAGAAGUUCCCAAGCGAUUAUAGAGAUGAAGAAUGGGGUUGGCUUUAUAAAUUACAUGCGAAACAAUCAAUGGAGAGGCCAAAAAAUGAAGGGGAUGUGGCGGGUGAUUUCAUGUAGCAGCUGGUGCAAAUUUCCAUUUUACGAGGUAGAUUUUGGACGCGGGAAGCCCAUAUGGGUCACUGUCCCUGAGUUGUCUGCGAAGGAUUCAAUUAUAUUAAUUGAUACAUAAGAUGGCGACGGGAUCGAAGCAAUAGUGUGCUUGGAGGAGAAGGCAAUGGAUGCGUUUCAACAAAAUCAAGAGUUUUUCUCAUUUUGUGAACUCAAAAACUAGCUGCUGAAGGCAAUGUCUUUGGCAAUGGUGUAUUUGGUAAGUCAUAAUAAUAAUUCUCAUUGUCAUUGUAAACCCACGUGGUUGGUUUUAAGAAAAGGAAGUGGAUCGUUAACGUUCUUAACA